AUUCUCUUUCUCAAUCUCUCAAAUUAAGAAUCUUUCUUCUUCCUCUCCAAUGGCCUUUCUCUGAAAACAUCUCUUCGACUGAUCAUUAAUGUCUCUCUUCCUCUUCUUCUUCUUCAUUUCGAUCUUGCUCUGUUUUUUCAAUGGAGCUACGACUACACAGUUUGAUUUCUCCACGUUAGCCAUAAGCAACCUCAAGCUCCUUGGUGAUGCUCGUUUAAGUAAUGGAAUCGUUGGCCUCACGCGUGACCUCUCUGUACCUAAUUCCGGUGCCGGAAAAGUUUUAUACUCUAACCCAAUCAGAUUCCGACAACCCGGAACUCACUUUCCGACAAGCUUCUCUACCUUUUUCUCCUUCUCCAUCACCAAUGUCAACCCUUCUUCCAUCGGCGGUGGUCUCGCUUUCGUCAUCUCUCCCGACGCAAACUCAAUCGGCGUCGCCGGUGGUUCGCUUGGUCUCGCCGGUCCAAACGGGUCCGGUUCAAAAUUCGUCGCCGUCGAGUUUGAUACUUUAAUGGACGUUGAUUUCAAGGACAUUAAUAGUAACCAUGUUGGAUUCGACGUAAACGGCGUCGUUUCCUCUGUUUCCGGCGAUCUUGGCACCAUAAACAUCGAUCUCAAGAGCGGCAACACCAUCAAUUCAUGGAUCGAGUACGAUGGAUUGACUCGGGUCUUCAACGUAUCAGUCUCUUACUCAAAUCUGAAACCUAAAGUUCCGAUUUUGUCUUUCCCUCUCGAUUUAGAUCGAUACGUGAACGAUUUCAUGUUCGUCGGAUUCUCCGGAUCAACUCAGGGAAGUACAGAGAUUCACAGUAUCGAAUGGUGGAGCUUCAGUUCAUCAUUCGGGUCGGGACCCGGAUCCGGAUCCGUGUCACCUCCUCCGAGGGCUAAUUUGAUGAAUCCGAAAGCUAAUUCGGUGAAAUCUCCGCCGCCGUUAGCGUCACAACCGUCUUCUUCAGCGAUUCCGAUCUCAAGCAACACUCGAUUAAAAACUUCGUCGUCGUCUUGCCACAGCCGCUUCUGCAAAGAGAACCCGGGAACAAUCGCCGGAGUAGUAACCGCCGGAGCUUUCUUCUUAGCACUCUUCGCCGGAGCUUUAUUCUGGGUUUACUCCAAAAAGUUCAAACGCGUCGAGAGAUCUGAUUCAUUCGCUUCUGAAAUCAUCAAAGCUCCUAAAGAGUUCAGCUACAAAGAACUCAAAGCCGGCACAAAGAACUUCAACGAGAGUCGAAUCAUCGGACAUGGAGCCUUCGGAGUCGUUUACAGAGGAAUAUUACCGGAGACCGGAGACAUCGUCGCCGUCAAACGAUGCAGUCACAGCUCACAAGACAAAAAGAACGAGUUUUUAUCGGAAUUAUCCAUAAUCGGAAGCUUAAGACACAGAAACCUCGUGAGAUUGCAAGGAUGGUGUCACGAGAAAGGUGAGAUUUUGUUAGUCUACGAUCUUAUGCCAAAUGGGUCACUCGAUAAAGCUUUGUUCGAGUCACGAUUCGCGUUGCCGUGGGAUCACCGGAAAAAGAUCUUGCUUGGUGUUGCAUCUGCUUUAGCUUAUUUACACAGAGAGUGUGAGAAUCAGGUGAUUCACAGAGAUGUUAAGAGUAGUAAUAUAAUGUUAGAUGAGAGUUUUAAUGCCAAGCUUGGAGAUUUCGGAUUGGCGAGACAGAUUGAGCAUGAUAAGUCGCCGGAAGCGACUGUUGCUGCCGGGACGAUGGGGUAUUUAGCGCCGGAGUAUCUUCUGACGGGUCGUGCUUCGGAGAAGACGGAUGUGUUUAGUUACGGAGCGGUGGUUUUGGAAGUGGUUAGUGGAAGAAGACCGAUUGAGAAGGACUUAAAUGUUCAAAGACAAAAUAUUGGGGCAAAUCCGAAUUUAGUAGAAUGGGUGUGGGGUUUGUAUAGAGAAGGGAAAGUUUCUGCAGCUGCUGAUUCUAGGCUUGAAGGUAAGUUUGAUGAAGGUGAGAUGUGGCGGGUCUUGGUAGUGGGCCUGGCUUGUUCGCAUCCGGAUCCAGCGGCUAGGCCCACUAUGAGGUCAGUGGUGCAAAUGCUGAUUGGUGAGGCUGAUGUACCGGUUGUGCCCAAGUCUAGACCUACAAUGAGUUUUAGCACUUCGCAUUUGUUGCUGAGUUUGCAAGAUACUCUAUCUGAUUGUAGUAAUACCGUGGCUUUGAACUCUAGCCGAUCGUCGUCAUGGUCGGUGCCCGAACAUAAUGUUAUCAUUCGAAGCGACGAUGACCAUUUGGUAUAGAUGUUUUGAAGUUAUAACAAACAGAUGCGUUUUGU